CGAAGAUGAAGACGGUUUUGUAUCCGAAGUGACGGAGUAUGUAGUUUGCAUAUCCCAAGGAUGCAAGAGGAUAAGCACCAAAGUAGGCUGCUUGAAGACCCGAGGAACGUGUCCGUGUGAUAUGCAGAGUGUUCUGGAAAUGUUUAUUGAGUGUGUCGAGCAGGCCGUAGGCAAAACCCCAGAGAAAGAAGAGUAUAGUAACAAGGGUCAGGGGCCAAAGACUCUGGCGUAAGGUCAGGGUAGCUGCAGAAGUAGUCCUGCUAUUGUCAACCCGGAACCCAGACCGGGUCUUAAGAAAGUGGAGGAGCCCCAUUCUGUGGGGUAGGGAGAAGGAAGUAAACCCAGGGCAGUGAUGGAAAGAGAAUACAAUAGACAAGAACAAGUGACUCUGGUAAAGUAAAGAAAAAAUAUACCGAAGCAGCCUGUGGAAUUAAUGAAAAGACAAGCAACGCUUGCAGGGGGUUCAAGCACAAGGAAUAGCCCCCAGACAUUGGCACCCUGGCUCCUUAUGUACUACUUCGUUCAGCAUGAGGGCAUCGUCUUUGCUACCCAUGUGAGUCCAUUCCUUGGCAUCAACCCAAAAAACACUCUCUCAACUAAAAGUCCCCCUCAUUCUCCUCUCACUGGAAUUGGUUCUGAAGGCCCAGCCAAGCUUGAAGACGGGCAGUAGCACCGCCAUCCCCAGACUUCUUCCCCACAAAUCCCGACAAUCCUUGGAAAGGAUCACCGGUCAGAAUCCACCAGUGAGGAGUCGAAACGGGCCGACAUCCCAUGAUGCGUAGCGCAACCAAUCUUUAGCCGUUAGAAGCCAGCCCAGUUGCUCGAGGUGCGUCAAUUCCAGGGUGACAUUCCUCGUAAAGCGCGAGGGUCAUGAGUGUUGGCGGUUAGCAGCAGUAGCAGCAGCCGUAAACUUCUUCUCGGCGGUUUCCCCCGCAUCCAUUUGAUCCUAGCUGAGCGAGUGAGAAUAGUUAGCGAUGACAGUUUAUUGGCUUUGGCUUGCCCUGGUAGUGAAAGAAGGUUAAGAUGGCUUGCCAAUUUCCCUAAUUUCCCCUCCAUCCUUAUAUCCCUCUUGCUGGCCUUACUCCGCAGUCGGGGAAAUUAGGCUAAUAACCUGACAAGACUGACUAUGCACGCCCAGCUGCAUAUGCGACAAAAUCAGAUCUUGCUGCCUGCUAGCAAGGGGGGUACUUGAUAGCAGGCCACUGAGUGGAAUUAGCCGGGCUAAACCAGUCCCGACUGAGAUUGCGAUUGCUG